GAAGUUAUCAUGCAAAAUUUCAGCAUUCAAAAUCCGAUCACCCAUUAGGUACUAGUGCGAUUACGAAUAUGCUAAUAGACUUUAGUACGGGAAUAAAGCAAAUAAAUUAAUAUUAAGAGUCCGCAGCAAGCUCGAUUCUCCACACAAACGGCAAACAAAAAUUCGGCUGAGCUUGCUGGGGACUCCUAAGCGUUGUCAUAGUUGUAUUGAUUCUUUGGAAAGAGUAAGUAACAUCCAUACAUGCCUAGAAUCCCUCAAACACUAGAUUAUCCUACAAAAUGGCUCUAAUGUCCUAACGACAAGGUGCAAAAAGCAACGUCAACGUUUUGGCACUUGACGAAGCGAUCGGUCAUCUCUGACCGUAUAUUGCCAUUGCUUAAGUACCGCAGAAGAGUUACAUGCUCUGGCGAACCAGUGAAAAUCCGCUCUCUGAUUCGCAUAUAUAUUACGGUUCUAGAGGCUCCGUUAUAGUGGUACUACCACGCGUUCAAAUCGCCUGUGCUCGGUAUAGCAAUGAAUACACUACCACUAGUGGGGGACCUGAGAAGGGGCAGAAUUAACUAUUUCUUGGAUAUAAGUUGAUCGUGUACCGAAUAAUUUACAUUUCGCUAUAUCACGCGAGGACUGACUAGAGAAACGAAAAUGGAAAUUACAAUUUGCACCUUACCCCUGCUGCUGCUCGUGGCCUCCACGCUGGCCCAAUACGAGGGCUACCACGGCUACGAGCACGACAUAGACGCCUACAGCUUCAAGCCGGCGUUGCCGCCCCAAAGCCUAGACGACCAUUACCAUCAUGAAGAGGAGGACAUCGACUAUCACGCACAUCCGAAGUACGCGUUCGAUUACUCCGUGAAGGACCCGCACACCGGAGACGACAAGGAGCACUGGGAGACGCGCGACGGCGACAAAGUUAAAGGCAGCUACACCCUAACUGAAACCGACGGCACAAAGCGAGUGGUGGAAUACGAGGCGGACGACAAGAACGGCUUCAACGCCGUCGUGCACAAGAUCGGCAAACCCACCGAGCACGUAGAACACGUCAAGGCGGUCAAGUACGAGCCCAUUCAGUACCACCACGAGUUCAGUCCGCAGCAGUUUGACGAUGGCUUCGUGCCCAUUGCUGGGUAUGAGCAUCAUUAGAAUUAUCAGUAUUACGAAUAAGUUACUUCGUCAACAUUUCAUUUAGAAAACUUCCGUGAUACUCUAUGAAUAUAUUAAAACGGGUCACUCCAUAACGAGGAGCAUUUUUUGUUCUUCUUUGAAGUGUACGUCGAUGAGCCAACGCAUGUGGCUGUCAAUAAAACUCCUCGUUAUAGAGCAAAGCAUGCUGAACAAUCAGACUUAUAAAACGUGAACGACCCGUUUUUAAUAUUAUUAAUAUAUUACAUUCGUCAAUAUUAGCUAUUUUCAAAUAUUGAACUCGUGACAACUUUCAAGACAUUCAGACUAUUAAGGCAGCAGAAGACUUGAAAAUGCUUUCAAUAACUAAUUUUAUGUAUCGGUGUCAAAAAUUCCCAUUGAAUGACGAAAAGUAAAUGUAAAAACGUGAUGAAUUUUAGAGAUAUGACGAUGGAAUACGGAUGAUUUGUCUGUAAUAUUAUUAACUACUUAUACCUGAAGACUGUACCUGUUAACUUUUUAGUUUUAGCUUUUAAGUAUUGUACAAAAUACUUGCAAUGUAAUAAAACGUGAAAAAUA